UGCAAGCCCAACGUCGGCGCCAUGGAGGCGGCCCUCAGGAUCGCCAACGUCAACCCUUACAAGGCGAUUUUCUUCGACGACAGCGUGCGCAACAUUCAGGCGGGCAAGCGAAUCGGCCUCCACACGGUGCUGGUUGGCACGUCGCAGCGGGUGAAGGGCGCGGAUCACGCGCUGGAGAGCAUCCACAACAUCCGGGAGGCGCGGCGGGAGCUGUGGGAGGAGGCCGAGAAGGCGGAGGACGUCCUCUACGCCGACCGCGUGGCGAUCGAGACCUCGGUGACCGCGUAGACGCCGCUGGCUCCCGGUGCACCUUCAGUCUGACACCCCAAGCGCAACCCGAUCCGACCCGAGCCUGCCGGACAGGUGAUCUUCACGUGGAAUUCAGCAUUGGCCGGGAAAACAGUUACAGUAUCCAUCACGAGGAGAGGAGGGGGAGUUCAGAAAGUCAGGAAUUAAUGCAGCAUGCACACCAUGCCGGGCCGGUCCUAGUAUAUGUAUAUGUAUGUGUCGAUCAGAUCUUUGCUUGUAAAUUACUACUAGCAGGAGGUAUAAUAAAGAAAAACGGGGUUACUUGUA